UUUCUUUUUUUUUUCUUUAUAUUUCUUUAUAGAAAACUCUGCUGGUGCAAUCCAAAGCUCUCUCAGUAUAUUUUUGUUUCAAUACCAUUUAUUCAAAAAACAAAAAAUCAUGGGAAAAGGCCCAGGUCUCUACGGCGAUAUUGGCAAGAAAGCUAGAGAUCUUCUCUAUAAAGAUUACCAGAGCGACCACAAGUUCACUGUCACUACUUAUACCUCAACUGGAGUUGCACUCACUUCAACUGGGAUCAAGAAAGGUGAUCUGUUUUUAGCAGAUGUCAGCGGUCAGCUAAAGAACAAGAACAUCACAACUGAUAUAAAAGUGGACACAAACUCCAAUCUUCUCACAACUAUUACUAUUGACGAACCUGCUCCUGGGCUCAAGACCAUCUUUAGCUUCAAAGUCCCUGAUCAGAGAUCUGGCAAGGUGGAACUCCAGUACCAGCAUGAGUAUGCUGGGAUAAGCACUAGCCUUGGGUUGACUGCAAAUCCCAUUGUUAACUUCUCAGGGGUGAUCGGGAGUAAUGUUGUUUCUCUAGGGACGGAUCUCUCAUUUGAUACUGCUACUGGGAACUUCACUAAAUACAAUGCAGGGUUGAGUUAUACAAAUGCUGACCUGAUUGCUUCUCUGACAGUCAAUGAUAAGGGAGACACCCUUACUGCUUCCUACUACCACACAGUGAGACCAUUGACCAGUACAGCCGUUGGUGCAGAGCUGACCCGUAGUUUUUCAAGCAAUGAAAACACAUUGACCAUUGGCACGCAGCAUGCACUCGACCCCCUGACUACAGUGAAGGCUCGGUUGAACAACUAUGGGAAAGCGAGUGCUCUUAUCCAGCAUGAGUGGCGCCCCAAGUCUCUCUUCACAAUCUCGGGGGAGGUUGAUACGAAGGCAAUUGAAAAGAGCGCUAAGAUUGGAUUGGCCUUGGCUCUCAAGCCCUAGACCAGGCAACUGCUGGUGGUGUGACUGUAUCUCAGUUGUUUUGUUCGUUGCAGAGAGCAAUAAUACACUGAAGGAUGACAGACUUCCCAUCAGUUUCUGUGAUGUGUUUGGGUUUCACAUAGUUGACGGUUAUGGUCUCUUAGAAAAUAAUUCUAAUUGGUGUCAGGCACCAAUUUACUCUUCAAAAUUUUGCAUCCGCCCUCAACAAGAGGGUAUACAUGUUCUGGAGCAGAGUUGCUGCAUUUGGAUAUUUUUGGUUUAACCAUAUUAAAUUUUUUUCUUUUCA